AAUGUUGAUAAAAAAUGUUUCAUUUCAAUGUGUUCCCUUGAACUUGCCCAACAGAUAUUUUUGAAAAACUACACUAAUUUUUUUUUUUUUUGCGAUUUCCGAAAAGGAUUUAAAAACUACCAAAAGAACUCCAGAACCGACCAGCUGCAGAAUGAGUUCGCCGGCCGCCGGACGUGGCCACCGCCCGAAGGAAACAUCGCUGUUUGUGGGAAACCUUCCGCCGAACGUCACCGAGGCGAAGCUGCUGGAAAAGUUCUCCGAGGUCGGUGCCGUCUGCUCGGUCUUGAUCUGCCGCGACAAGGCCACCCGGCGGUUCCUCGGGUACGCGUACGUCAGCUUCCGGCAAGCGGAGGAUGCUACGCGAGCCCUCGAAACCAUGAACGGACGCGUGAUGUGCGGACGUUCGAUUAGUGUUGCGUGGGCACGGAGAAAUACAACACAACCGGGAAUGCCGGCGGAGCCCAAGUCUUCGAAGAACGAUUCGCUGGAUAAUCCGGUGGGAAUCUUUAUAACCGGCCUCAACGCAGCCAUUCGCGAAAAGGAUCUUCAAGGGAUUUUUUCCUCUUCGGGAGCCAUCGUCGAGUGUGGCGUCGGUUUGGAUGAUUCUGGAAACUCCAAGGGAUUCGGCUUUGUGCAGUUCGAGAACGAGGAAGCGGUUGAGAACUGUCUGGACAAGGUCAAGGGCUGGAUGCUUGUGGGCUCAACUCUAACCGUGACCAAGCUGUACACAAACAUUCAUGUGUACAACUUUGGAAACCGACUGAAUUUUGGGGGCUUUCGCGCACUGUUUGACCCAUACGGAACCAUGAUCGAUUACCGCGUGGUUAAGCAUUACGGGAAGUCCCGCGGAUUUGGAUACGUGACAUUUGAGAAGCUAAUGUCAGCGGCGCUUGCGAUGGGCGAAUUGAACGAAAAGGACCUAGGCGAAGGCCUGAAACUAAAGUUGGAAUCGGUGCCACGUCCUUCUUCGGACGGCGAAGGCCCACCCAAGCACGACCAAGGAGUCAAUCUGUACAUCAAGAUUAUGGAAGCAUCGGUUAGCGAUGAACGCCUGCAAGAACUGUUCUCUCCGUUUGGACCCAUCAUCUCCGUGAAGGUACUAACGGGUCAGGCCGACGAAGGCAAGCGUGCCGGGUUCGUAUGUUUUGCCUCCAAAGACGAUGCAACUCGUGCCAUCGCUGAGAUGGACGGCAAAGUCGUUGGUAAUGGACCACUUUCGGUAACGUUUGCCCUCGUCAAGGACGCAAAGCCGCCUGCGGUUCAACCUUCCAAGCCGAAAGGUAACUCGAAGAAGGAGAAGUCAACUCGCGUCAAAGUUCCAGCGCAAACCCAGCCAGCCGAGGAGAGGCGCGCCCUGACCGACCGACUGUUCCUGGUGGUUCGGCAGCUGAACGCGUCGAUGGCCGGCUCGAUUACGGCUAAACUGCUGGAGCUGGACAACUUGCCCCAGCUGAUGACACAACCCGUCGCGCUGAAGGCCAAGGUGGACGAAACGGUUGUGGCCUUGCUGCUGAACCGUGAGCAGCACUUGGAGCGAAUCGAGAGCGCACCAGCAGGAUCGGCCGCCGCUUAACGGUUCUGAACACUAUCUUAAAGACUUGAUUGUUACUUGCGAUUUGAACUACAAAUGUUGUUAAAUUAGUUUUUCUUUCGUUGCGGUUAAUAAAAAUAUGUU